AAAGACACCGCCCCAUCACACAUCCCAACACACCAGCAGAGGAAACAUAACCUCAGCAGUCAGGUCCUUCCUCUCACUGCUGUUGCAUACUCAAGAAGAGAGAACCGAGGACAAAAGCCAGCUCUUGUCACUCAAGGUGCUUGCUGCAGUCAUUCCCUUUCUCAAGAGCUCUCUUCACUGACAUCUACUCAGACAAGAUGUUGGUAUUACUGGCCGGGAUCUUUGUGGUCCACAUUGCCACAGUUGUCAUGUUGUUUGUCUCGACCAUUGCCAAUGUCUGGAUUGUUUCAAACAACGGGACCUCAUGGGGUCUUUGGAACCCAUGUUCAGAGGAGAAAUGUAGUGAAUUAUCAUAUGCGGGAAAAGAUAUUUGGACAGAUGCCCUCAAAUCCGUGCAAGCCUUCAUGAUUCUGGCCAUCAUCUUCUCUGUCAUUUCUCUUAUUGUUUUCGUAUUCCAACUCUUCACCAUGGAGAAGGGAAACCGGUUCUUCCUCUCAGGUGGCGUCAUGCUGGUCUGCUGGCUAUGCAUUCUGAUUGGAGUUUCCAUCUACACUGAUAAAUAUGGGAAGGGUACUUCAAAUUUGGAUCACCACGGAUAUUCCUUUAUUUUGGCUUGGAUCUGCUUCUGCUUUAGCUUCAUUAUUGGUGUCCUCUAUCUCGUCCUCAGAAAGAAAUAAGGCUGUUGGAAUUUUUCUGUGGGGUUUGGGGGAGGGGGCUGGGA